AAGGUGAAGGAAAAUCCCACAAGGAAAGGAAAAAAUGGGAGGUGAAUGGAGAGUGUUGGUUGUUGUUGUUAUUGUUCUUAUUUUUCCGUUGGAUAUUUAUUGUUAUUCGGAAAUAGAAAUAAAAAAUUGGUGUAGCCAAACGCCAUAUCCAGCUCCAUGUGAGGAAUUUCUCAAAACCAAAGCCACUACAAAAAGAUCCCCAAUAGCCACAAAAUCUCAUUUCUUUGAAAUCUUAGUCGAAACGGCACUCGAACGUGCCGUUUCGGCCCGUCAAAACGCUCUUUCUCUCGGCCCAAAAUGCCGAAAUUCCAAAGAAAGAACCGCAUGGACUGAUUGCGUUGACCUCUACGACCAAAUCAUAACCCGCCUCAACCGAACCGUCGACCGCUGCACCCCGGUCGACGCCCAAACCUGGCUCAGUGCCGCUCUCACCGCCCUCGAAACCUGCCGAACCGGGUUGGAGGAACUCGGGGUUUCCGCUUUCGGCUACCCAUUGACGGCUAAUAAUGUUUCCAAGCUCAUUAGUGAUGGGUUGUCGGUGAAUAAACCGGCGUCGCCCGAGGGGUUUGAACCGCCGACCAUGGAGGACGGGUUUCCGACGUGGGUUCGUCCCGGGGACCGGAGAUUGUUGCAAUCUGGGUCUCCGAAGGCGAACGUGGUGGUGGCGCAAGAUGGGUCUGGGAAUUUUAAGACGGUGAAGGAGGCGGUGGCCGCCGCGAAGGGCGGCGGGAGAUUUGUGAUAUAUGUGAAGGCGGGGGUUUAUAGUGAGAAUGUGGAGAUUAACGCUAAGAAUGUUAUGUUGAUCGGAGAUGGAAUCGGAAAAACUGUCAUCACCGGAAGUAGAAGUGUCGGCGGAGGUUCCACCACGUUCCGAUCCGCCACCGUUGCCGUUGAUGGAGACGGAUUCAUCGCGCGAGACAUAACCUUCAGAAACACCGCCGGAGCGAAGAACCACCAGGCGGUGGCGCUCCGAUCGGGUUCCGAUCUGUCGGUGUUCUACCGCUGCGGCUUCGAAGGCUUUCAAGACACACUCUACGUCUACGCCGAACGCCAAUUCUACAAACAAUGCGACAUUUACGGCACCGUCGAUUUCAUCUUCGGCAACGCCGCCGUCGUAAUCCAAGAUUGCAACAUCAUCGCUCGCGAUCCUCCGAACAAAACCAUCACAGUCACCGCCCAAGGCCGCUCUGAUCCGAAUCAGAACACCGGAAUCUCCAUCCACAAUUGCAGAAUCACGUCCGCCGGCGGACUCAGCGGCGUCAAGGCCUAUUUAGGCCGUCCAUGGAGGCAAUAUUCCCGGACGGUUGUUAUGAAAUCUUCGAUCGGAGGAUUCAUCAGUCCUGCCGGGUGGAUGGAAUGGAGCGGUAAUUUUGCCCUAAAUACGCUGUAUUACGGCGAGUAUAUGAAUACGGGUCCGGGAGCAUCGACGGCGAAUCGAGUGAAAUGGAAGGGUUAUCGUGUGAUUACCAGUGCGGCGGAGGCUUCGAAGUUCACCGUCGGGAAUUUCAUCGCCGGUGGAUCUUGGUUGCCGAGUACCGGCGUGCCUUUCACCUCCGGCCUCUGAUUUGGUUCUGUAUUUUGUAUGUAUUCUUAAAAUAUUAAUAAUCGUUAAUUUGUUGAAUUAUACUUUAAUAAACAAGUUUCUAAUUAAGAAAUUAGAUUUAAUUAUAAUAAAAACACGUUUUGUUUUUACUUUUCUUUUCGUCUCCCAAUCCCAAAUGGUUGGGUUUGAUAAGAGAAACCAUUAUAUACAA